AUGGCGGAGGUUCUCUAUACGGCAGCAUAUUUCAUAUGUAUGGCCAGUGAGAUUUGCCUGCCUUGUUACUGUGGAAACGAAAUUGUUUAUGAAAAUGACCAAUUCACUGACGCAUUGUACUCUUGCAAUUGGAUGGAUCGGGACCGGAAAUUUAAACAGGCUUUGCUAUUUACUAUGCAAAGGACACAAAAACCUACUGUCAUAUAUGCUGGCGGAAUUGUAAGGGUUUCGCUAUCAACUUUACUUGCGGUUUUCAAGAGCGCCUACUCACUUUUUGCGAUUGUAAAUCAAAUGCGUUAGGAAUGUUUAGUCGAUGGUGGGAUGGUGUCA